UACAACAUUUAACUUUAAAUUGUAUGCAAUAAAUAAAAAAAAUAUAUAAAUAAAUAACACAAUGUUAUCGCCACGUUUUUGCCACAUAAUUGUGCUGGUGAGCCUGGGCGCAGCUGCCUUUGCCGAGGAGUCAAUAAAUGCGGAACGCAACCACAAGAAACGUCAAAUCUAUCGAGAGCAAGUGCUGCCACAUGCGGGUGGCAAGAUACCCGACACCGCCUUCGAGACCGAUCGCUUGUUUCUGAACCGUUUGCAAAAGGAGGGCAUCUCGGUGCCAGAUGGCAUCGUGCCAGAGCAACGCAAUCCACAGGUUUAUCAAUACUAUAACAAACCCAUGCGCACCGUUUACCACAUAGCGCUCAGCUCCGAUGGCCGCUACACGCCACGAGAAGGUCGCUAUCAGUAUCGUCAGGUGCCCAGCGUAGAGACUACCUAUCUGUAUCCGCAGGCUGUGGGUCAUCCGUAUGUGUUCGUGCCGCCCAAGCAUGCAUUGCCCAGCUAUCGUCAACUGCAGCUGCAUAAUCCGUUGCUCAAUCAAGUGAAAUUCCAGCCUAAGAAAGUGCCCAAUUUUCUGGAACUGGCGCCCACCGUGGGCAAGAGCCAUGCAUCCAGCUCAUCAGCGAAGGCACAGUCCUAUCAAAAUGUGAAUCUGUUGCAUGGCCAAGUGCUGCCUGCCUUCAAGAAAACCGCCGGUGGGAGUAAGACCUAUGUGGAUAGCUAUGGCAAGACUCACCUCUUUAGUGAAUUUGAUGAUUUGCUUAACAAGCUCGACUUGAAUCCAGCAGGACAAAAGUUGUAUUAGUUUGCUAUUUUUGUUUCCUAAGCGCAUAAAUUAUAAGCCUAAGUUAAGCCAGAACAAUAGAAAACUCGUGACAAUAUUUGAAGCUUCGUUUAUAGAGUAUUAAAUGCUCAUUAUAACAAUGCCAAUUACGAACCGUUUACACGCAGUUUAAUUAUCUUAACCAAGUUGAAUGUACUUUCUAUUCAUUGUUAUUACACUCAAUCAUACCAUAUUUAAUAACUAUUUCUUGCAUUUAAGU